GGAUUAAAUUAGGUCAUUCACGGGCCAGUAGACUCAAUACUCUCUCACCCCUCAGCCUUUUACAAAAAAUCAAAAACUCUAAUUCCUUUUCAUCUCAGCCUCUCCGUCGUCGCCUAGUUCAAGUCGCUGCCUGCAACUCUUCCAUCCACCUCCGCCGCUGUCUCCGGGUCCACCUCCGCUGCUGUCUUCGAGUCCGCUGUCCGCUUCCGCCUACAACUCCGCUAUCCGCCUCUGUUGUCUCCAGGUCUGAUGUACUUUGAUAUUAUGGUUUGUGUUUGAACUAUGAAGUACUGUUACAGAUUGUUUCGACUUUGGGGAUGCUUUGCCGCCGCCCUAGCUCCUUAUGUGUUCGCCUUCUUCAAUUAUAUGUACCCACUUUCGAUGUAACAAGGACGUGCAAGGUGCUAUGUAGGGAUAUUACGACAAUGAGACGUGGUGCGACACUAGUGGACCUCCGAGAUGACAAGUCGAUGCGGCAGCUGCCACGACCAGAUGGCUCCUUACGAUGUUUAUGUAGAGGUCGUGCACAAGACACACACAAAUCCUAUUGGGAUAGAAUUCUUUCUGUAACGAAAAAGGAACAGCGUUAUGACCCCAUUAUCAAGUACGAAGCACUCAGACAAUGGGUUGCCCCCAAAUAUCCUUGUGCCAACUCCACUUUCAGGUCUUACUCCUCAGCCUCCAUGGAUUCUGAAACCAAAACCAUGGCAGAAGAAGCUCAAAAGCAAAAAGAUGAAACCCUUGCCGGAACCAGUGGCAAAGAGCCCCGUUCCUACAUACGAUAUGAGGGCCGAAGAAUUUGCAUUUCUGAUGACUCUGAUGACUCAACAGACUGGUAUGACUCAGAGUCAGGCUCAGACUCAUCCACCUUUGGCUCUGCAGAUGAUGAAACCAUGGCAGAAGAAGCACAAACUCAAAAAGACGAGACACUUAAUGUAAAUGAAGAGGAAGAACUCUAUCAUUAUGAUUCCAGCAUCAAGUACGAACCACUCAAAACAUAUGCUGUCCCCAGAUUUUCCUUCUCUGACGACUUCUCCACCGACUGUUCAGACUCCUCAUCCUUCGCCUUGGAUUCUGAAACUGAAAAUGAACCUAUGGCAGAGCAUGAAGCUCAAACUCAAAAGGACAGAAUCCUUGUUGGAACUGAAUAUGAACAACUCUUGUGUGCCACAGAUCUCAAAUCUAAUCCAGCUGUUCCAGAUUUAUCUACUUUGGUAUUGGUAGCCUCUUCUCUAUUACAUUUUCUUCAUAUUAUGUCUGUAGGUUGUAGUUUCUUCUGUUUGACUUUUGCUAUUCUCGUCUAUGCAUUUAUUGUACCCUGUCUCCACGUGUGUAAAUAUUUAGGCAUAUAUCUACGUGGGUCCAGGUCCCCAACAUCCAUAUGUCGGGGAGCCUUUAUCUAACACACAGGCCUGCAGUCGUUGGAUCAGAUCAUCAACACAGGUCCCCAAAAUUUUGUUGCAUGUCCAGCGCUAAAAAAACGCUAUACAUAUGUCGUCCAACGAUUUUUAAGCGCUGGAUAAGUAGGUUGCUUAUGGGUGUCCAGCGCUAUUUUAAGCGCCGGAAGCACAAAUAGGAUUUUAUGGGUUUCUUGGAGCUAA